UGAUGAGAUGAGAUAUACAAUCAAUGGCUUCCAACACCAUGUCCCUUCUCCGCUUCUCCCCUCCAAACAACACUACUAAUCAUCAUCUUACCCACAGCCCUGUCUUCUCUUUCAACACCAAAUCAACAACUGUUGGUCUUUCAUGGCAUUCUUCUUCUUCUACUUCUACAUCAUUAUUAUCAUCUUUUUCAAGAAAAAGAAUGUCAUCAUCAUCAUCUAGUUCAACCCGCACAUUUGCCGCAAUGGAGGCUCUUAUUUUCGACUGCGACGGAGUUAUUCUCGAGUCCGAAGACUUGCAUCGACAAGCUUACAAUUUUGCUUUUCAACAUUUUAAUGUUUGUUGUCCUUCUCAACCUCAGCCUCUUAAUUGGGAUGUUCAUUUCUAUGACAUUCUUCAGAAUCAAAUCGGUGGCGGUAAACCCAAAAUGCGAUGGUAUUUUAAGGAGAAUGGUUGGCCUACUUCAACCAUUUUCAGCACUCCACCCGAAACUAACACCGAUAGAGCCAAACUAAUCGAUACUCUUCAGGAUUGGAAGACUGAAAAGUACAAGGAUAUAAUCAAGUCUGGAAGUGUUGAACCUAGACCAGGUGUAUUGAGGUUGAUGGAUGAGGCCAAGGCUUCUGGUAAAAAGCUUGCUGUAUGUUCUGCUGCAACCAAAAGCUCGGUUAUACUUUGUUUAGAGAAUCUAAUUGGAUUGGAUCGUUUCCAAGGUCUCGAUUGCUUUCUUGCAGGUGAUGAUGUGAAGGAAAAGAAACCUGACCCUUCAAUAUAUAUCACAGCCUCUAAGAAAUUAGGAGUUUCAGAGAAAGCUUGCCUGGUGGUGGAGGAUAGUGUCAUUGGUCUACAGGCAGCAACAAAAGCUGGGAUGUCUUGUGUAAUUACCUAUACAUCUUCAACUUCAAACCAGGACUUUACAGAUGCAAUAGCAAAAUUCCCAGAUUUAAGUGAUGUGAGAUUAAAAGACUUGGAGGAGUUGCUAGAAAAUGUAGUAGCUGCCUAAAAAGUGAUUACAUCUUGAUUAGCUAACAUUUUCUUGGCUGCAAUACAAUCGUUUUGAAUUUGGCAGAUUUGGUCACAUGAUCAUACCAUAAUUCACAUAAAGGGUGUUUACUAUAUUUAAAAAAGGUGUAUCUUCUAUUUUAAGGUUACCCAAAAGUGGUAUUUUGUAAGUUGUACGCAAUGUGUACAGGUUGGCAGUUAAAAAUAUUAUAAAAUGAUCAGGUUUCGGAUGAA